AUGGGUGCUGUCACAGGGGGUGAAAUUGACCCCUUCAGAACAUAUCCCUCCACACUGCCCUCGGACAUCGUCAGCAAUUGCUUGCAGUAUCGGUUGAGCAUCAUGACGCCUCGAAUGAUCCCGAGCUCAGGAGCCAUGAACCCUUAUCUGGAUGCUUGGCUGCCCAUCUCCCUGGAGAACCCAGCGCUGUUCAAUGCGCUGCUGUUCUCAGCCGUCACACAUAGGCUCACGCAUUGCCUCGUGAAUCAAAAGAACACACCUACCUCGAUGGUCUUGGAGAACAAGCAGCUGUUAAUGUUAUGUCAGCAAGAGGCAGCGACGAGAGCGAACAAGGCGCUGCAGCACGCUGCGACUGCAGUAACAGACGCAAGUAUCCUGGCCGUUCUCAUGUUAACUGAGGCAGUGGAUCAUGCCUUUCAAGAUCGAGAUUGGACCGGCUCUUCGCCAUUCAAUUCGCCACUACAAGGUCUCCAAUGGCUCAAUAUUCACGGGGCGCGUGUGCCGCACAUGUCUCAUCAGGCGGGCCUCUGCAAGCUAGUGGCCCUGAAGGGCGGGCUCCAAAGGAUCAGGAUUCCGGGAGCCUCCUUGGCGAUUUUCUACCGGACCUUGGUGAACUCCACUUUGACCUUGAACAAGCCUCAGAUUCCAUUCUAUUCCAACCGCGGGCAUGACAAUUCCGAUUGGCGGUUCCAUUUCAGUUCGUCUGGGGGAUGGUGGGACCAUGGGGUGCAGAAAUUCCAAAAUGCUGGACUACCAUUUGCCCUCGCGUGCGUUUUGCAGGGUUUCGUCAUGUACUGCAGCAUGGUACAUGCAUAUGUGAACGGUGACAAUGCACCACACGACACCAGCUUGUUGUGUGACAUCCGGAACCUAGUCCACUUCCAUGUCAUGUCGCUGCCCACAGGAGCGGAAUGCGACGACAGAGAAUGGUACCCCGGAUAUGAAGCCUGCAGACUUGGCCUGCUCAUAUUCAGCGUCGGUGUCAUUUUCCCCAUUCCUCCUGUCGGCUCGCCACUCCCCCGUCUCGCAGGGCUUCUACGCCGGGAGUUGAGCGAGGAACCUCUAUUCGAUCAAUACACCCUCGACGCGGACAAUGGGCUUCUCGUGUGGCUUCUUACGAUCGGUGGCAUAGCCGCGCAACACACCAUCGAAAGAUCGUGGUUCGCACAGAAGCUUGCGUCCGUCGUCAGUCUUACCUCGAUCCCGAGCUGGCGUUCUCUCCGGGCGCUGCUUAAGGCCUUCCCUUGGUUGGAUUGUGCAUGCGAUCAUGCCGGGGAAAGGCUGUGGGAGGAGGCCCAACGAUCCACCUCUCCGCCGUCCUUGACAGAUGCGCCAGGUACUCAUCGCUACACAACGAGGCUCCAGCCAUGUCUCCAUUGCCGCCGACGAAGGGUGAAAUGUGACAAGCAGCAACCAUGCCAGAACUGUGUCAAGCAUAACCUUACUUGCAAAUACACGACUUCGACACUCGAGGAACAGAUUGAUACUUCAACUACGGGGAUGACGCAUGCCUGCGGCGUGUGCCGCCAGCGGAAAGUCAGAUGUGAUGGAAAGAGACCUUGUAAAGGAUGCCAGAAAUUGCAAGUAUCAUGCUCAAGGUAA